AUGGCGCUAAGAGCUUUCUUGGUCGCGGUAGUCGUUGUAGUAGCAGCCGUUUCUCCUGCCCUGGCAGUUGAUUAUAUUGUCGGAGAUGACGCGGGUUGGAAACUAGAUUUCGAUUACACUAAAUGGACGGAGGGGAAAGAUUUUCGUGUCGGUGAUACUAUCGCAUUCAAGUAUAAACCGGGAGUUCACAAUGUUCUAACGGUGAACGGGGCCGAUUUCCAACGUUGUACCUCCACAAACGCGACAUCUGUCCCUUUGACGAGCGGAAAAGAUGUAAUUACCAUUUUGUCCCCAGGUACGAAGUGGUACAUUUGUGACAUUGGCGACCAUUGCUCCAUGGGGAUGAAGCUCGUCAUUAGCGUAUCCGCCGUGGCUGAGGGGCCCACUCCUGACCCGACACCUGGCACUUCGGCCGCCGCCCGGAAAGUCUCUCUGUUGGAAUCUUGUGUGCGGUGGGUUGUAGCUGCGAUGUCUGCCUAUAUGAUGAUGAAUAUGAUCAUGACUUAUUGA